UUUCCUCGGUGGAUCUAAUCGGCGGCAGCUGGAGAUCAAGUGGUUCGACAGCAGAUGGAUGCCCAGUGAGAAAGGCGAUCCGCUCCGGUUAGGAGAGGUAAAAGUGGUGAACGAUGGCGCUGUGCCCUGAAGGUUGUACUUCCGGCUCAGGAGGGGAGUCCUCUGGGAGCGAGGCAGGUUCCAGCUGUCUUCAGUUUGGGGUUCGUUCCUAUCUGCACCACUUCUAUGAGGAGUGCUCGUCCUCCAUGUGGGAGAGGGACCCAGAGAACCGGGGGGUCCGGAGCCAGAAAUCAGCCCUUUGGUGGAACUCGGUUGUCUGGAAGCUGUCCUUGGCUCUGGGUCUUCUGAUGCUGACUGCAGGCAUUGUGUCUCUCUCCAUCGCUUACUCCACCCCCCAUAAAAUUGAGUCCUUCGGAGAGGGAGACCUGUACUUUGUGGACCCCCAGGCCAUCAGCUACAACAGGGGUCUGCACCUCAGCACAGCGUCUGGGAUCGGGCUGUCCUGCCUCGGCUCCGCUCUGGCAGUGAUGGGGGUUGUUGUCUGGGUCCUGCCUAAGGCCAACUUAAAAGAACGGCUGUUCCACAGAUCGAGGGAAGUGGAUCAGAGAGGAGAGCGGGGCUUGAAGUGGAAGGGAUUCAAAGAUGGAGCAGAUGUGAUCACAAAGCCACCUGAUACGGAGGAGGGGAAGAUACCUUUUUCUCUGGCUACAGUGAAAAACGUGCAACCUCCUUCCUAAAAAGAGUCACUGUUGAGCUACAGGUGGUACAAGCGCUCAUUCUGGUUUUGGAACAUUGUUUACACGUUCUGCUCGUUGGAUUUUGUUUGUGACCUAAAAGAUCAGAAAAAAAAAAAUCUCCUUUCACUUUAACUUCAUACAUAAUAUACAUUUACAUUUCAAGGCUGUCAAAAUAUCGUGUCCCAUCAAUAUGGUUAUGAAAUAUUCAAAAUGACCAUGUUUUACAAUUAAAUCAUACUCGCUCAUUUAGAUGUGUUUUUUUUAUUUUGCGCAUUUUUUAGUUUGUAAAUUUUUAAGACUGAAAAAUGUGUUUCCUAAGAUUCUCCUUAAGAAAAUCUU